AUGGAUCCCUCUUCGUCAAGUGGAUAUCGUCCUCCUGCUCUGAACUAUGAGGAAGAGCCACCGGCGUAUCCUUACGGGGACACUGCACCUCUCAUCCCAGAGAACCAGUCACCCUCGGCAUCGCGUCUCAACGGCCCGACGAUGAGACUCCUAACGACAAACGCCAAUGUUGAUGAUGCUGAUAUGCACAGUGACUUGGGAAAUUACUCGCAGCAUCAGUAUGGAUGUGAUGACCCGGAACCCAGUGUGUAUGUACCCUCAGCUACUACUCCAAAUACCGAGAAACCCAAGGACUGUGGAGACCCCCAAGCCUCAGCGCCCAUGUCACAUCUUCCCCCUCACACAAGAAAAUUCCCCUGCAAUACACCGUCAAUCUUGAGUAGCUCACAUUCUCCUUCCGUUAAACCUAAACGGACGGGUGGAUCUGAUGCAUCAAGUAAGGGGCAGCGUCCCCGGGACAACAAGAGCCCUAUUCAUAAAAGACCAUCUAUUCCCGAGAAUAUCCAAAUCCCCAGAGUCGCAAUUCCAUCUCCUCUAUUCUCAUCCCGAAAAAGGAGCGACCCAGCUUCAGGAUUACCCUCUAAGGACGUCUUGAGCGGGACAGUCCCUGGACCAGAAGUCGUGUCUACUCACAGCGGGUCUGGCGCAAAGACAAAUGCUAACAAAAUGGCUUGGUAUGGCAGAAUAAGCGACGGGAGGGACGUGUCCGACCCUUUCUACCAUCCGCGGGAUCGGGAUUCCCUUUCGCGAAGAACCUCCGUGCUCGACGCUGCUCCACGGAUCCCACCCCCUACGGCAUCCGUGGUAGAUAGUCCGUCGUACUCUCGGCCAGCUUCCCCUGCAAGGUCGUGGACCUCUACUCGCAGCACAGGCUGGGCUAGACCGCCACGGCCACCAUCCGUAACAACCACCACCUACGAGCGUGCGGAUCUCAACGGUAGCCCACGACCAGGUACUCCAAGUUCACGGUAUGGGGGCAGUCCGCGGCGCCCCUUACCCCCGGCGCCUCUGUUUGCCGGUUCUGGAUCGACAGCCAAUGUAGCUGACGCAAGCAUCGACAUCGGGGACACCGGCGAAAACGGAUACGAUGAUGUCUUUGGCGGUGGUGGGAGGACCAUUAACACCCACCUAUCUCGCAACAGCGUUGCGUCUUUCAUGAGCGAUUCUACUAUCGUCACAGAUGCAAGGGAUGAUAGGAUGGCCAAGGUUGACCUGGAUGAAGACGAUGACUCGACAUCUAUGAUCGAUCAUAACCAGUACUAUGGACCAGCCCCAGAGAAACAGAGCCGCAGAGGUGUCCGGCAGGCACAGAUGUCGAAGAAAGAAGUCCAGCUCGUCAAUGGUGAAUUAAUUCUCGAGUGCAAGAUCCCAACCAUCCUUCAUAGUUUCUUGCCUCGUCGUGACGAUAGGGAGUUUACUCACAUGCGAUACACCGCUGCAACCUGCGACCCGGAUGACUUCACCACCAGAGGAUAUAAAUUACGGCAACAGUUUGGCAGCACCAUGCGUGAAACAGAGCUAUUGAUCUGCGUUACCAUGUACAAUGAAGAUGAAAUCAGUUUUACUCGGACCAUGCACGGAGUCAUGAGGAAUAUAUCUCAUCUCUGCUCACGAUCAAAAUCGCGCACCUGGGGGAAGGAUGGGUGGAAGAAGAUUGUUGUGUGUAUUAUCGCCGACGGACGUAAGAAGGUGCAUCCCCGUACCCUCAAUGCUCUGGCUGCACUAGGUGUCUAUCAGGAGGGUAUUGCCAAGAACAUCGUCAACCAGAAGCAGGUCACGGCCCACAUCUACGAGUACACGACUCAAGUAUCGCUCGACUCGGACUUGAAGUUCAAAGGAGCCGAGAAAGGAAUCACCCCCUGCCAGGUCAUCUUUUGUCUAAAGGAGCGCAACGAGAAGAAGCUGAAUUCGCACCGUUGGUUCUUCAACGCGUUUGGACGAGCCCUUCAGCCGAAUAUUUGCGUUCUCCUCGACAUAGGCACCCAGCCCUCUCCCACGGCGAUCUAUCAUUUGUGGAAAGCCUUUGAUCAGGACUCCAAUGUUGCUGGGGCAGCAGGAGAGAUUAAGGCAGGAAAAGGCAGAGGCAUGCUGGGUCUGCUUAACCCGUUGGUCGCCAGUCAGAAUUUUGAGUACAAGAUGUCCAAUAUUCUCGAUAAGCCUCUUGAGUCUGUCUUCGGGUACAUCACUGUUCUUCCCGGUGCGCUGAGUGCGUAUCGAUAUUAUGCCUUGCUCAAUGAUGUCGACGGCAAUGGGCCAUUGAACCAAUACUUCAAGGGUGAAACACUCCACGGCAAGAAUGCAGAUGUCUUCACAGCCAAUAUGUAUCUGGCUGAAGACCGUAUUCUGUGCUGGGAAUUGGUGGCUAAGAGAGAUGAACGUUGGGUCUUGCGCUUCGUGAAGUCAGCCGUCGGGGAAACUGACGUGCCAGACACAAUUCCAGAAUUUAUCUCACAGCGGCGAAGAUGGCUGAACGGUGCCUUCUUUGCUGCGGUGUAUUCCAUUGUCAACGCCAGGCAGAUAUGGAAGACUGACCAUACACUGGCGCGGAAGAUUCUGCUCAAUAUCGAGUUUGUGUACCAGUUCUUCCAGUUGUUGUUUACCUACUUUGGUUUGGCGAAUUUCUAUCUGGCGUUCUUCUUUAUUGCGGGAUCGUUGAGCGACAAGAAAAUUGAUCCGUUCGGCCACAACAUGGGAAAGUACAUCUUUAUUGUUCUUCGGUAUGCUUGUAUCCUCGUCAUGUGUAUGCAAUUUAUCCUCUCGAUGGGUAAUCGGCCGCAGGGAGCGAAAAAGCUGUAUAUGUCCGGCAUGAUUGUCUACAGUAUCAUCAUGGUCUACACGGCUUUCUGUACCAUCUACCUGGUCGUCUUGGAGCUUAUGGCGCGAGCUGGAGCCCACUCACACGUCCAGGUCACCGAUUCUCUCUUUACUAACAUUGUCGUCUCCUUGCUCUCCACGGUCGGCCUGUACUUUUUCAUGUCGUUUGUCUACCUGGACCCGUGGCACAUGUUCACCUCGUCAGCACAGUACUUCGCCCUCUUGCCAAGCUACAUCUGCACCCUCCAAGUCUACGCUUUCUGCAACACCCACGACGUGACCUGGGGUACCAAAGGUGACAACGUCGUCACCAACGAUCUAGGUGCGGCGAAGAUCGUUGCCGGAUCCACCGUCGUCGUUGAAAUGCCCUCGGAACAACUCGACAUUGACAGCGGGUACGACGCGGCACUCCGCAACCUUCGCGACCGCCUCGAAGUCCCAGAACCGCCCGUUUCGGAGAGUCAGAUGCAGGAAGACUACUACCGCGCCGUCCGCACGUAUAUGGUAUUGUUCUGGAUGGUAGCGAACGUGAUCCUCGCCAUGGCCGUCUCGGAAGUCUACGGUGUCGAUGCGGGCGGCACAAACGUCUACCUGGCUAUUAUCUUGUGGUCUGUAGCGGUCCUAGCUGCUGUCCGUGCGACUGGCUCUUGUAUCUACGCGAUUCUUAACGUCGUCCAUAAACUUGUCGAGGGCAAGACCAAGUUCGAAGCUGGAAAUAUCGCAACGGCUAGCGCCAUGUCGGGGUCUAUGGGCAAGUCAACCACCUCCGGCCCUCGGCGUCAGCUCUUUUCUAAGUAUGGAGGGAACGCGUCCAUGAAGGAUCGGUUCAGCGAGGCCGGAUGGACUAUCAAGAGGAAAUUGGGAAAGUUGAUGUUUUGGAGGAAGUGA